AUGAAUAUCUAUUGGAAGUUCCAUAAUAAGGUUACAGGCUUGCUUCAAGAUGACGAUCUUAUUGAAAUUGCAAUUGUUGCCAAGACAAAGGGUUGGUUGGCUAUUGGUUUGGAUUUUAACAAGACUGGUAUGACACAAGCUGAUUGUUACAUUGGUUUUUAUGAUCAGACAAAUUCAAGACCAGUUCUCUAUGAUUUUUGGUUACCUGGAAAGUCAAUUCCAAAGAAUGAUUCACUUUUUUUAGGUCAAGAUGACAUUUUACAAUUGACUGGUUCAUUAAAAGAUGGAACCACUACUUUGAAAUUCUUGAGAAAGAUUGAUACUGGUGAUAUUCAUGCUGAUCACCCAAUUAGAAAUAGAACUAUUGGUGUUAGUUAUGCUUUCAAUAUUAACACAAUUGAUGUCACUCAGAAACACACUACUCAUGGCGAUUUUUUCAUUAAUUUCGUCACACAAAAAGGUGCAUUGAAUUUGGCACCUGCUCCAUUGAUUCAAUUCCACAUUAUUGCAACUGCAUCUGUUGCCAUUUUGAUGGCUGCUAUUGGUUUGUCUUAUACUUUCAUUUCAAUGAAGGAGAAGAAUCGUGUAAUUAGUUUAGUUUUCCACACCAAGUUUACAGGUUUGAUCAAGAACCCAAUUCUCGGUUCCAUUUUCAAUCCAAUUUUGGAGUUGACCAUUGGUGAAAUUACUCUCAUCUUGUUCCAUCUCAUGCUUACUGCUGUGUGGUUCUGUUUUGGAUUUUUCAACAGUACUUCAGCAAACGUUGGUAAAGGAUUUGCCUAUGCCAUUAUUAUCAAUUUGACUGCUACCAUCUUGCCAAUUACUAGAUAUUCUGCAUUUGUCUUUGUUUUUGGUAUUUCAUUUGAAAGAGCUGUCAAGUAUCACAAAUGGGUUGCUAGAUUAACUCUUCUUAUUGCUACUAUUCACGGUAUUUUGAUGACUGUUCACUUGGCAGACAAUGGAAGUCUUGGUAACAUUCUUACUGCAUCAGCAAAUGAUUACAUCUUAUUUGGAUUAAUUGCUUGGAUUGCCAUGGUCAUUAUGACUAUCUUUGCUUUGGAACCAAUUCGUAGAAAGUUCUGGGAAUUGUUCAAGGUAAUUCACAUUAUUCUUGCCCCAGUUGUCCUCGUCAUGUCUUCAAUCCACGCCAAAGGUUGGGAAAGAACUCUCCCAGUUCUUGGUAUUGCCAUGGGUUUAUUAGUUAUUGAUCAUUUGCUCAGAAUUAUCUUUGGUUAUAUCAUGCCAACUAAGGUUAUCAAGAUGGAAUAUGAGGAAAAGACUGGAAUUACUACAAUGGUAUUUGAAAAGCCAACUAUUAGUAUGUGGUAUAUGGAAAGUUUGGGAAUGGGCAAGUUUGUCUAUGUCUACAUUCCAGGUGUUAGUUUCUUCCAAUCUCAUCCAUUCACUAUCAGUAGUUAUUCUAAAUUAGAUAGUUCUAUUGAAUUCACAUGUCAUGUUAAGAAUUUAGGAAGGGGUUGGACAAAGAAAUUGGCAGAUUUUGCCAUGAAGAGAAAAUACUCUGCUGCCUCAAUCUUUGCCAGAGUUGAAGGUCCAUACGGUAAAUUAUCAGUUGAUUUGAAUACCUAUUCUACUGUUGUAUUGAUUGCUGGUGGUAUUGGUGUUACUCCAAUUAAUGCAAUCUACAAUGAAAUUACAAGUAAUAAGGUUAAUGCUUCCAAGCAAAAUAUCUAUGUUUUGUGGACCAUGAAGGAUGAACACAUGAUACAAUUAUUCCCUAAUUUGACUCAACCAUCUUCUCAAGUCAAACAAAGCUUUUAUAUUACUGGUGAAAAUCAUAAGCAAGUUAACGAAUCAGAUACCAGCUAUCAAUAUCAUUACAAUAUGAGACCAAACUUUGGUAAAUUCUUCCACAUGGUUUCUGAAACUGUUGGAUCAGAUAAUAGUGUUGCUGUAGUUGUUUGUGGACCAACUCAAAUGAAUGUUGAUGUUUAUAAUGCUGCAAGAAGAGUUGGAAGGGAAGAGAGAGUUAAUUUCCAUGUUCACAGAGAAACCUUUGAAUUGUAA